AUGUCUACUUCCGGCGAGACUUUUCUUUUCACUUCCGAAUCUGUUGGUGAAGGUCACCCAGACAAAAUUGCCGACCAAGUUUCUGACGCCAUAUUGGAUGCUUGUCUCAAAGACGAUCCCUUUUCAAAGGUCGCCUGCGAAACAGCUACCAAAACUGGUCUAGUACUUGUCUUUGGUGAAAUCACAACAAGAUCCACGGUAGACUUUCAAAAAGUCGUUCGUAAUACUGUUAAACGUAUCGGUUAUGACGACUCUGCAAAAGGUUUCGACUAUAAUACCUGUAAUGUUUUAGUUGCUAUAGAGCAACAAUCACCGGAUAUCGCGCAAGGUCUUGUACAACAAGGCGAAGAUUUAGAAAAAAUUGGUGCAGGUGAUCAGGGUAUCAUGUUUGGAUAUGCGACCGAUGAAACACCGGAAUUGAUGCCGUUGACCUUGAUACUUGCGCACAAGCUUAAUCAAAAAUUGGCAGAACUUCGUCGUGAUGGUACUCUUUCAUGGCUUCGCCCGGAUUCCAAGACUCAGGUCACCGUUCGAUAUAAGAACGAGGAUGGUGCUCUGGUCCCGAUUGAAGUGGACACUAUCGUUAUUUCUGCACAACACGGCCCCGAAGUUACAAUUGAAGAACUUCGAAGUGAACUUUUAGAAAAGGUGGUAAAAACGGUUAUCCCUGCAAAGUAUCUUACAUCAAAGACCAUUUAUCAUUUGCAGCCAUCUGGUAGAUUCAUAAUUGGUGGUCCUCAAAGUGAUGCUGGUCUGACAGGUCGUAAGAUUAUCGUAGAUACGUACGGAGGUCAUGGUGCUCAUGGCGGGGGUGCUUUCUCGGGCAAAGACUGGUCUAAAGUUGAUCGUUCAGCUGCAUACACAGCGCGAUGGAUUGCUAAAUCACUUGUACACGCAAAACUUGCACGACGUGUACUCGUACAGCUUUCCUAUGCCAUUGGAGUAGCCGAACCUCUUUCUAUUUUUGUCGAUACAUAUCGUUCUUCAAACAAAACAAACGAAGAAUUAUUGCAGAUAAUUAAGAAGAACUUUGAUUUACGUCCUGGUGUAAUUGUAAGUGAACUCGGUCUUCACAAACCAGAAGGUUGGAACUAUGAACAAACAGCUGUGUAUGGUCAUUUUGGAAGAAAUGAG